UGUUUUUUUUUAUUUUUUGCAUUUUACGGCGGUUAGAAAAGAGGCAGUGAGAAGCACAAAAGCACUUUGUCUCAGUCUAAAAGACGGCAGAGAUGAGCCUCAGUGGCAGAGCUUGUUGUCUUCUGUGUCAGCGGUCCGAGGAGACUAAAAUAACCGGACCUUUAUCCACUAAAGAAGAUGUGACGGCCCACCAGAACUGUUUGCUUUUCUCCUCCGGUAUUUUUUGUAGCAACACACCACAGUUUGAUGACUUGUUUGGUUUUUCUGUUCAAGACGUGAAGGUGGAGGUGAGCAGAGGACGCAAACUGUUUUGUCCUUGGUGUAAGAAAAGAGGUGGCACCUCUGGGUGUGAACUGAGACGCUGUAAGAAGUCUUUCCAUUACCCUUGUGCUAUUGAGGAGGGAGCCAGAACUUUUCAAGAUAAAAAAAACGAAAAAUAUGGACUGUACUGUUUAAACCACAAGGAAGAAGAAAAUGUUGAUUCUGCAAAAGGGUCCAAGUCUUCCAAGAAGUCUAGCGAAGCCAGUCCAUCUCAGGUUGUAUUGCUUUCAUUACACAAGAGGAAAAGCAAUGGGGCCUUCAGUGACUCAUCAAAUACAACUCUUGGAUCUUUAAAGAGACGCUUGAGUUUUACUGACCAGAUAGAAGAGCAGAGUACUAACAAGAAAACUAAAAAACGGAACAGGAUAACAUCAGUUGAUUCUUCGGAUUCAGCUUUAGCAGAACUUAUACCCCCUUUAGAAUCAGAUUUAGAAGAAAGUGGAAGUUUUCUGACGCAGCAACAAUCCCCUGAACCUCAGUUCAACGGCAAAUACUGUGAAGGACCCUCUGGACCCUCUGUGGAAUAUCAAGUGGAGGUUGAGAGCACAGAUGUAAAUGCAGAAGACAUCACCUUCACUGACUCUGAUGCUGAGUCAGAUAGUUUGCUUCAACCUUUCCUGAACCACAUCAGCUCUUCGUCAGACAUUAAAGCUCCGACUCAAACAGUACAAGCAGAUAUUCACUGGGCCGAGAAAGAAGUUCAGACGAUCAAGAAGGAACUUGACGACUUCUUCCCUGCGCAGAGUCCCACCUACAGACCUGAGGUGUACACGAGUAAACCCGCUGUCCCAGAGCAAAACCUCAACGAGCCACCGCUCUCUCCAAAACCCGCUGCACCUCAGUCUCCAUCCAGCAGCUCAUCUAUGACCAUGGCUUUGUGUAAACCCAUCUGUGUGACUCCUCUGUCUUCCUCACCACCUUCUCCCCCACAAGCACCAGUUUCAGACAAACCCCACUCACAGCCACAAGCACCCUCUUCAGACCCAGUGCCCAUCGUGGACUCGGCCAGUUUCUGGAGGAACUGCAAUGCAGCCAGUUGUACACAAACCAUCUUUUCUGAAUUUAUUAACGAAAUGAACGAGAUCUCCAGCAGAAUCCUGUCUGACCAGGCCAGCCAGGAAGAUUAUAACCGUGCACUAUCUGUGAUGAUGGCUUCUGGAAAACUUGCAGAGUUUGUAUCCAAGCAGCAGGAAGCCCAUAUGGAGGGAGCUGCGAUCCGGUGCGGUGCCUUUUGGACCAGACCCGUCCUGGGACUGAGAAGCUGCAGCCAGGCGGUCGAGGUUCUGCCUUCGCCUCUCCUACUGCAGGAGGAGAGACGAAGAUCUCAGCUCCAAAAGAACCACACAGCACCCAGGUUCAGUCCCUCCUACCCACCAGUCUGCUCUGGGUGGACGUCUGGGGAGGACGCCGAGUCGGAGGACGAACUAUGGUUCGCCCCGGUACACCACCCACAUCGCCGUAAAAAAGGAAGGAGAAGACGCAACCGGAACCGGUCCGCUGCUCUUCCGCCCACAUCACCUAAACCUCCAGCUCCUCGCAUUCAGCCCGGCGAGGCUGAGUUUUUUGGUUCCGCCUCCUCCUGGUCUCAGCCUCCAGCCUGCUCUCCUCUGCCAGAACCUGCUAAAUCGGGGAGAAUUUCGCAGGGGGGGGAGCAGUCAUCCCCCUGUUCGUCUGUGGAGUGGACGAAGGGGGGCCAGCCCGGGGAGCGUGUUGGACAAUCGCUUUCUGCUCCUAUUGAGGUUGACCAGUUCCCUGAGCUGCCUCCUGUAGAGGACCUGGUGGCUCAUCCUCUCAUCAAGGACUCUAUAGUGCUUCUCAGAAAUAUCCCUAAGUUCAGAGUUAAGGAUAGAAGACUCCUGGUGGACCAAAUCUUGGACAUUUACCUUUCACAGCCAGAUCUGAUCAGCACACCGGCUCAUCAGACGAUCUUCCUGUUUGCCAGCUGCACAGGAAACGAGCAGCGCUGCAGAAGGAAGCGGAAGCUAUGA